AUUAUGUGACCUCGUACUCGUACAGUUUCUUUAAAAGUUUUCCAGAGCUCCCUCACUUUUCCCACUAUAAGGACAUUCCUCUACUGUAAAAAAAAAUCAGCACUUUUGUAAAAUCAAACAUAUCAUUUACUUUAACUUAACAAAUUAUGUUAAACAAUUUCAACUUGUUUUUAUAAGUUAUGUCAACUUAUUCCAUGUCAAAACUUAAAAUAGUAGAUUGAAUUGACUUACAAAACUAAGUUGUUUUAACUUCAUGCUGCAUUUUGUUACAGCGUGUAAGGGGGGUAAAUGGAAAUAAUUUACACACCCAGUGACAUCUGAUCCAGGACGGCUGGCUUUGUAAGUUAGCAUGAGCUGUGAAAAGCACAGGGAACCAUGUCUUAAUUCCUCAUUGACUUUUUGACCUUUCUUCAUCACCGAUACUGUAGCAGAUCUUGAGGAGCAUUGUGACAGGCCAGGCCUGAUAGAGCGUUGUGAGCCAUUAGAAACUUGAGUCGAGUGUGCCUGUUUUUGGUCAUGCCCUCCAAGUGCAGCACCAAGCCACAGGAGACGACAUUUAUAGAUGGAGCGGGUGCUUGCCGUUACAUUUCACCUCGGUCAGAAGUCUAGGAUAACGGAGCAGCAAAUUGGUUACUGUAAAGUAAAGGAAAAUUUAACGGUGCCAUGUUAAGAGAUCAGUGCCUUGUUUUAAGGACCAUGCAAUCAAGACUGGUGCCUGUAAUUGGAGGUCUAAAUUACCCUCUCUGAAUAUAAGGUGCUAAUCAACGAAGGAUUAAGCACUUGUAUUAACAAGUUCAAUUACAUGCAAAUAAAGAAGACCAAGUUGAAAUCUUUAAAUACAAACACUAUUUACAUCUUAGGUAACUAAUGGGAAUGUAAAAGCUGGAUUUGAUUGUGAUAUGAGGGGUAAAAUCGCGUGUUGGUGUGUCUUUAUGGCGUGUAAUCUAUUAUUUAGCAGGAAAAAUCACAUUAAUUUUGCUUGACAUGGAGAUGUAUGGGUUUGGCAGAAACAAUUAUUGUAUGAAUAACCCCCGCAGCUACUUCUGUGAAGGUUAUCAUUGAGCUCUCAGACCAACCGCAGGCUCCUCUGGAUCACGGGGCGUCGAGGUGUCAGCUACAUCACAGUUUGUGUCAUUUGUUACAGGUACACUGUGAUCUUCAUGUCAACAGAGGUGUUCAGACAAAUAGGCUUGGAAUUGAACUUCUGUUGUCAUAAGUCAUUAAAUGACGGUGACAGACCAAGGUAAGCAAUUCUGAAUCACAUUCAUGAGGACAUCUUCAAGAACGUCACAAAUCUGCCAAGUAUAUUAAUUGCAUUUGCGUCUCAUGAUGUUACGGUUUUGGCUGCUUUCCUGGAUUCUGAUUAAAUUUAUUCUAGGACUAAAUCAGAUAUUUCAUAUUGAAUCAAAGGAGUAAUAUGGAGCAAUCUCUAUUUAGGAAAAGCUUUUGGUGAGUAAAAUAGCAACUUCAGAUUUAUAGUAAAAUAAAUUCAACAAAAUGCGAAGUUAAGGUGUUUUAAUAUUGUUACUGGAAUUUUCUAACUUUUAUUGCCAGCCGCUCUGCAAUACGUUUGAACCCAAUUCUGGUUUUGCAUACACGGAUACCGUUUUUUGAGUGGAUCUAUUCUCAUACUGUCCAAAACAGUUAAUAAGUAUAUUUCAAAGGAGAUUUUCUUUAUUGCAUCAUGUAAGCAUUAUCAGACAAAAAGAUUGAGUAGAAUUGUUAAAGCUUUAGUGAUUUCUGUGUAUUAUAAUUGCUGACCUCACACCACUGAGGAUGGAAUUACUUGAUUUUUUUCCAAAUGCUAUUGGGUGCUGAGAGUGGCUCUUAUGAAGAGCGGAAAAGCCAUUAAAAAUCUAUUAAAGCAGAUCUUUUUACCCAGAGGGAAAAGCCUUCUCAUUACUAAGCAGAUUGGAAGGGAUGACAAGUGGCUCUAUAUUUCUAUUUUAUUUUCUUUUCACCUCAUCAUUUUCUUUCUGAAAAGGCCAGCUGAAAGACAGCAUGCCCACUGUGCCAAUCAUUAUUGCUACAGCUACUGGCUGCAGGUGGCUCCCGUGGCUGUCAGUCAUGCAAAGUCACUGACCCUUUCAAGUCUGGAACCAGGCACGAUUUGUACACAACAAUUCCUCAAGGCCACAUCCCUACAUUACCGUCUCUCGUGUUUAGUUUGUAUUUAAAUCAAUUUAGCGUUAAUUAAUGCAGAAGUUCAUUUAGAAAGUUGUUCAUUUGAAGUGAUGUUAUUUAUUAAUGCACGUUAAUACGUGCUUUAUGCUAAUUUCAUCGUCUGACUGACACAUUGAUGUAAAUGUAUCACUAACGCAUCGUGUCUGAAUGCAUGUUUUGAUAGUUUUGAACAUUUAGCUUAAUGCAUUGUUUUUAGUUUUCGUUCGAGCUGAUUACAGUUCCGUUUUUGCUUCUCCCUUGGAGCUUGUAAGACGUUCGUCUCGCUUAUAUUUACUGUUUACAGUGUUGACAUUAAGAAUAAUGGAUACUAAUGGUAUCUCUUAUGAAUUAUUGUGAGAGUUAAAUGAACUCUCCAUUUUAUUAUAUAUUAUGCAGUAUUUAAAGUUUUGGGUCAUUAAAAACCAGACGGCACUCUCAGCCUCCGCCCCCCUUUCCCCCACCCUAAGUUUGUCUUUUACCCCCUGCCAGUGUGCAGUGAUGCCCUGGUUGCCACAGGGUACAUUUGAUCUGUUUUCAGAAAAAUGCAUUAUAACAAUAUUCUGAAAUAAUGUUUUGUUUUUCAUUCUUCAUGCUUUUUACUAUUGCUGUUGUUGUUUUUAAAGCCCGCACAAGUCUGGAGGACAUGAGUUGUGGCUUUUAUUGUUUCAAUUUUUUCUUUGUGUUUACAUUGUGCUUCAUUCAGAUUUGGAGAACAGAUUUGGCGAAUUUUGACACACGUUCCACACCGAAGAAUUGAUUCAGCUCUCAAAAAUGUGUAUUGACCGUCCUUCAGGGUCAGUAAAGUUCACACAAUGACUAUUUUCCAAGGCAUGCACUCUCUCUCUUGAGGUCAAUGUUAUCUACCAAAAGGUUCGAGUCGAGGCAGAGGUCAGGACUUUUAUUCCCUCAAGGAAUCCAAAGUGUGCAACUGUGUUUUGUACAUUGCAUCAUACAGUGAAAUACCCUUCCACUUUAAAUAUACUUUAUCAGAGAGCAAGCAGUAAAGAGAAAUCCUUUGCAAGUAAAAUAGCAGGAGGAAAGAAAGUGAAAUAAAUCAUUCCUGUUAUCCACUUUGAUACUCAUUCUCUUUUUUCCAGAUGUGAUGUUAGAUCCCCAAUCUUUCUGCAAAUGAGCCCUGGCUCUCUGUAAUGGCUUUCUGCUUCUCAUGGGAAGCGGGAGUCGUGCGCCCGACCCAAAAGCUGCUGAUUGAAGAGGAAAAUAAGAUGAACAGCACAUUGUCAAGAACAUCAUGAUGUUUUGAAUGCCUUCAUUCGCAUCCAACCUGAAGACCAUCUGAAGAUUAGGCUCCACCUCUUCUAAUACAGAACUUUAAUAGCACGAGUUAAUUCAAUGCUACUCCUGCAGGGACCGAUGAUGAUGAGGACGAAGAGCAGAUGAGACAGUGGCCUGGACUCUCGAUUUCCAGGAAUGGAAUCUAUCCCAAAUCAGCUGCCGGCUGGAAGAGACACCAGCUGUUCCCCGAACUCCAAGCAAGACUUGCAGCCUUAUUCUGGCCCAACACUAAAGCCGAACCAAGUCAGUGAGACUUCUUUAUACGGAAUACCGAUCGUUUCACUAGUAAUAGACGGUCAGGAGAGACUUUGCCUUGCCCAAAUAUCCAACACCCUUUUGAAGAACUACAGUUAUAACGAAAUCCACAACCGGCGUGUGGCCCUGGGCAUCACAUGUGUACAGUGCACUCCUGUCCAGUUAGAAAUCCUCAGGCGCGCGGGGGCUAUGCCCAUUUCCUCGAGACGCUGCGGGAUGAUCACAAAGCGAGAGGCCGAGAGGCUCUGCAAAUCGUUUCUUGGUGCACACUCACCCCCGAAAUUACCCGAAAAUUUCGCUUUUGACGUGUCACACGAAUGCGCAUGGGGCAGCAGGGGCAAUUUUAUCCCAGCCAGGUACAAUAGCUCAAGAGCGAAAUGCAUUAAGUGUUCAUUAUGCAACAUGUAUUUCUCUCCAAAUAAGUUCAUAUUUCACUCUCACCGCACACCGGAGUCCAAAUACACGCAACCCGAUGCUGCAAACUUUAAUUCAUGGAGAAGACACUUAAAACUGAGCGACAAAAACUCACCGGAUGAUGUGGCACAUGCCUGGGAAGACGUAAAAGCCAUGUUUAACGGUGGCAGCCGCAAGAGGACGCUGCCAGUCGGUGGGUCUGGGGGUUCACCCCCGCAUCAUACUCAGAGACCGGGAGGUCAGUCCCAGGGUGAACCAUCUGAGGUACCCCAUAAAACUCUCCGUUGUGAUGAUGACAGGGUGAACGUGACCAUGCCAAGCAGCAUUCGCAGUUACCCUGUUAUUCCAGUGCCUAGCAAGAGUUUUGGGAUGUUACAAAAAAUUCCACCACCUCUCUUUCCGCAUCCAUAUGGCUUUCCGGCGUUUGGACUGUGUCAAAAGAAAGAUGAUGGUGUUGUGAUGGGAGAGCCAAACAAAACGAACCUGCCAGGUGUGUUCUGGCCGAGCACUAAGGACAGUGCCUAUCCAUCUUUUCCGAUGUUUUGGCCUACAACAGGCAGCUUAGCAAUGCCAACAUACCACCAUACCCAACCAAAACCCCCUUCUGACGUGUUAUGCACUAGACACGAGCUGGACGGGUCUGAGCAAAGCGACCGAAGCACGAGCACUCCAAAAGACGGUCUACUUGACAAUGAACGGUGCUCUAGCACACAGUCUACCCGGAACGAGGAGGAUAAAUCAGGAGAUGAGAGUAGAUCAGUUGAAGGCAUCCCAGUCACCCCAAGAAAAAUAAGUUACAUAUCAGCGUUCAGACCAGUGGUUAAAGAUGUUGAGAGUAUUGCGAAACUAUAUGGCAAUAGGGGUCCAUAUUCUGGUCCCAGGGCUGGCUAUAUGUCACCAGAUUUCUUGAGUGAAAGUUCUAGUUAUAGGUCAGCGUCUCCGGACGUGGACAGUGUGGACGAUCCGGAUGUGGAUGUGGAGUCACACAAAGGUGCCGAAGAUGAUGAGUGUCUGCAGCUGUCUGUGGAUGACCGGCGGAGCCCCCCUGUUUUGUCCGUGGCACAGAGUGAGGGGGUUAAGGGUCAAGAUCAACAAAAUAACCAGAUGCACACUAUGACUGAUGUACACACGACUAAUUCAAAUGAAACGCGACCCUCUGAAUUGGAGAGCCUUGGAAAGCCGUUUGAGAGCAAUAAACAUACGACGCGUUUUGAGGUAUAUGCGCGUGAGAGAGAGCAGCACACCCAUCCAAUGAGCACGUCUUAUUUUGGAUCAUCUGCCAUUUACCAACGCGAACCGAUUGAAUCGACUGUUAAAGACAUGCACGAAGAAGAGCCUUCGUCUACAGUGGAGGAGAUGGAACCCAAAAUUCAUCAGGACCAAGCCAGUGUACAUGAAGAUCGCCUGAGGGAAUCCAAUGAUGAUGAGGAAUCUAUGCGCAAAGACCCCAGCAGCAGAGCAUCAUUGAUUGAGAAAAACAUAGAGAACAUGGCCAAAGAGGAAUUGCAAAAACAACUUGUGGAACAAGUUGAACUUAGAAAAAAGUUGGAGCGUGAGUUCCAGAAUCUAAAAGACAGUUUUCAAGACCAAAUGAAAAGAGAACUCUCAUACAGAGAGGAAAUGGUGCAGCAACUCCAGAUUGUUCGAGAAGCUCACGACGCACUCCACCAUUUCUCGUGUAAGAUGCUGAGCCCUCGUCACUGCACUGGGACCUGCACCUUCAAGCCGCCUCUUUUACCACCUUGAUGCACAUCUAUUGAAGAUAUGAGCGUUCAAAUACUGCUGUGUCAAAUAAAACUCUGCAAAACACUGUCAGCCUUUAGACCUGGAAAAAGCAAGUGUGUACUGUAGUAUUUUAGCUCUUACACUGUAAUGAAGUCAUUUUCAUGUGCACAACAGUGUUUUCAGACUGACUGUAUGUACUGUAUAAUUUAUAUAAAGUUCUAGAAAAUUGCAUUAUAAAAAUAACGUUCCACUAUAAAUAUUAUCAUCAGCUGUAGAAACCACUGGUAUUAAAUGGCUAUGUGCAAUGCAUAUAUUUGUUAUGUAUCCUGUGAUACUCUUUAUGUUAGUGAAAUGUUAGGACAUUUUGUUCAAUUAGAUGCUACAAUAUUUCAUGUUUUUGUAUUUUAUUUAUUCCAUGUCCAUGUUGGUUGUUUAUUGUCAUUUACAAAUUUGUAUAUUAUUGAUGUAAAGCACUUUAAAUUGGCAGCCCUGUUUCUGAAAUGUGGAUUAAAUGAUCUUGUUUGAGAGUCA